AUGUCUGUAUUGGAGUAUGCCGUAAAGUUUAAUGAGUUGGCUCGAUUCGCUCCUGACUUGGUAACUACUGAUCGACAGAGGAUGAACCGCUUCGAAGGAGGUCUAAACCUUGAUAUCCAAGUAAAGUUGGCAGCACACAUGAGUAGCUCAUACCAAGAGCUAUAUGAUAGAGCUAUAAAUGUUGAGAGAAAAACGAAGCUGCAAAAGGAGGUAUAUGAGAAUGGGAAGAGAAAGGGGAACUCUCAGGGAGGCCAACCAAGCAAUGCUUUCAAGAGGCAGAACACGGGAUACAUGGGGAACAACAAUGGUCAGAAACAAGUUCCUCGUUGCAACAAGUGUAAUAAGUUGGGCCAUAUAGCAAGAGAAUGUCGAUGGGGAAGCGAUCAAUGUUACCGUUGUGGUAAGCCAGGCCAUGUAAUUAAGAAUUGCCCUCUUGGUGAUCGUGGAUUGGAAAUGUCACCAACCGUGUCCCAGUGGAGAUCAAAGAGUUAUGCAGAAUUCUGGUUAUGGUGGCAACACCAGCAACAACAGCAACAGAUACCCUCCCAGAGGACCUCCUCAAGCUGGAAGAGUGUUCAUGAUGCAAAGAGAGGAAGCUGA